CUCAAACGUAAACAACAACAAACAAUCUCAAAAACAAAAAGCACUUCUCUCCGUUCCGACCACCCGUAUCGGAACCCCAACACAGAAAUGAGCUUCGAGGACAAAAAGAAGGCCCUGUUCGCGAGCCUGGACAGCGCCGAAAAAAGCAUCCCGUCCGAUUCGGUGCUGCACCAGGACCAGAACGCCGACGACUACAGCCGAGUCCGUCGCCGUCCCGGAUCCAACUCAUCCAGUCGUCGCCAGGAGGCGGCGUCCCGCGAACCCAUCCGCAAGUUCCGCGGCAAGGAAAGUAUCUUCAAGCGGCCGGCGGCCCCCAUCGGGAAGUGUCUGCCCAUGACGCGCGUUCCGGAUUUUAAGAAAAAUCCCCACAAAUGGACGAAAUACUCGCUGGAGGACGUCGACACCAGUGACCGGAGCAACACGGCGGCCGCCUUUUCGUUUCUGCGCGAAAUUGAGUCCCAGAAGCGGGAUCAGCAGCAGCACGAAGAUGACGAUGGGGACGGUCCGACGGAGUUCAAGAGUAAGGUUCGCUUCAAUCGGUCGGUUAAGCUGCAGGCGCGACUUGAGGAAGUGGACAAGCCGCCGCCGACGGAGGAGGACAAGCCGAAGGUGAAGGGCUGCAAGGUGGUCAUGCCGGAGUAUGUUAUUGGGCAAAAGCCGAAAAAGGUUCGACAAGGAAAGAUCGGUGCUGCGGCGGGAGGAUGUUCGUCCAAGCGGGAUCGAUCUUCCGAGCUCAAGUUGGACCAUUUGAUGGAGGAGGAAGAGGACGAUGAGGAAGAUGAUAAUGAUGGAAUGGAUUGAGGUGAAGUUAGAUUGUGAUAAGAUUUAGAUUAAGUUUCGUUUUGAAAUCGCUGUGGAAGCGAUUCCGAGUCAAUAAAUGAACUUCAAGCGUAACAAA